AAAAACAAUAUCUGCGUCUUCGAACCGUCAAGCUCAAGUGCCAUUAAGUGGGCACAGAAGAAACCGACGAAGGCCACUCACGUUUUUCUUUUCGAGGAGGUGUUUUGUUUUUUGUUCUUGAAAGUUGAAAUGGCGCCGAGGAAGAGGAAGGCUGAGGGAGGAGAAGAGGCACCGGCGGAGAAGCCUGUGACGACAUCGAUGAGGAUAACUCGGAGCACCACUCACCGAGCCAACUCGGAGUUGAAGCAGUCGGCUACUGAGUUGCGAAAAAACAAGGCUAAGAAGGCUAAACCAGCUCCGAAGCAGAAGAAGAAAGAAGCGAAAUCUGAGGAGAAUGAUUCUGAGAAAGAGAAAUCGGAGGAAGAAGUUGCUGGCGAUGAGUCGGAGAAGAGAACUGUUGUGAUUGAGCACUGUAAACAGUGCAAUUCAUUCAAGACAAGAGCUAAUUUAGUGAAAGAAGGUUUGGAGAAAGAUGUGGCGGGGAUCAAAGUGGUGCUGAAUCCUGAGAAGCCAAGAAGGGGCUGCUUUGAAAUACGCGAGAUAGGUGGAGAGACGUUCAUUAGUCUUCUGGACAUGAAGCGACCAUUUAAACCAAUGAAAGAUCUUGACAUGGACAAAGUGAUUUCUGAAAUAGUGGAGAAGUUAAAUUGAGUUUGAUGCUGGCGGUCAGCCUUUUUUGCAUUUGCUUGAAGCUAACCAAGGUAGUUUGGAUGCUAAUGGAAACCUUAGCGCUGAGAAUUUAUUGAUGUAGGCUCUGUGUGUUUUGAUUCAGGGAAAACCAGAAAGUUGCCACUGAUGAAAGCCUUUUUGGAUACUGUUGGCCUACUCAAUUGUUGAGUCAUAUAUGCGUAUGGGAUUUGGCUUUAGGAUUUCUUGAUGCUAAAUUUAAUAUACUUUGCUUCAUCCCCUCUUCCACUUGAGCUUCAAUCUAUUAUUGUUAUUAUUUUAGUAGAUCGUUCUUCCAUCUUGGGGAUCUAUGGCCAAUUUUUUUUUUUUUUAAUUGAUGCUAUUUGAUUGUAUCAAUGGGUGUUUCCCAUAUAUGCAAUAUCAGUAUCUAGCUUUAGUAUGGGAGGUUUA